AUGGCGCAAAGGAUGGACAACACCUGCUGGGCUGCCGGAGGGAAGCACAUACAAGCUGACCGUCAGGUGUGCAAGUGGAUUCGUCUUGAUGAGUCCGCCUCGACCCCGUUCCCCGAAGAUGAUUUCGACGACUCCGAGCCGCCGACAGCAUCUGCCACGCCCGCACGAGGAGUGACCGAUACCCCCCGGCCGAUGGAAGAUGAUGAGCCGACACCCGCUGAAACGCCGGCUGUGACGGGAACGCCGGCUGUUGGAGAGACUCCGGAGACGCCCGCACUGGAUACGCCAGCAGGUGGAGAGACACCAGUGACCGAGACUCCGGCCGAGCCUGCAACUGAGAUCCCCACUGCGACGGAGACGCCCGCUGAACCGUUGACCGCCGCUGAACCCUCGCCUGCUCCCGAGCCGUCCGUCGCACCCUCGGAGCCCGCUGCGGUCGCCGACGUCCCGAGUGAGCCGACGGCGGACGAUGUGCAGGGGGAGAAGAAGGAGCCGAGCCCUGCCGAGGGUACGCCUGCGGAGGCGGCACAGACGGAACUAGUGGCGGCGGUGGAGCCCGCGAUUGUCGACGCUGUCAUGACCGAGACCCUUAUCGAGGAGGAAAAGCCAGCUGCUUCUGAACUCGCUGCCACCGAAGCAGUAUCUUCCGCACCUGUGGUUGUUGAGACAGCUCUCGCAGAGUCCGUGCCCGCCGCCCCGGCCACUGAGCCGUCUGCCGAGCCCUCUGCUGCUCAGUCAACGGAGACGCCAGCCGAGCCAACCCCGCCUGCCGCCGAGGUGUCGUCUGUCCCCGUAACUACCGAGCCUGAUGUUCAGCCUGCCGCGGUGGCCCCCGAGGAGGAGAAGCAGGCGGACGCUCCUGUUUCGAGCGAGCCUGCUGCUGAGGUCGCUACUGAGGCGUCUGCAGAGGCUGCCGCCCCGGCCGAGCCCUCUGCUGCUCCGUCUGCGUCCGCUGAGGCAGAGGUCGCCGCUCCUGAAACGGCUGCGGAGCCGGCCACUGCGGCGGGAGCGGAAGAGCCCGCCCCUACGGCUGUUGAGACGACGGCGGAGACAUCGACCGAGGCGCCUAAGGAGGACGAAGCGAUGGCAGUUGACCCGUAG